UCCUCAGGAACUCUUCUAACUAUAAAACAUUUUCCGGCGAAACCAAAAUACCGACGACAUCAGAUGGAGGCCAACGGCGGUGACAAGAUGAGCCAUCAAGAUUUCGGCCACAAGAGCCUUCUUCAAAGCGACGAUCUUUACCAGUAUAUACUUGAAACCAGUGUCUACCCUAGAGAGCCGGAAUCCAUGAAAGAACUCAGGGAAGUCACUGCUAAGCAUCCAUGGAGCGUAAUGGCCACCUCUGCCGACGGGGGUCAGUUUUUGAACAUGCUUUUGAAGCUGAUCAAUGCCAAAAACACCAUGGAAAUCGGCGUCUACACCGGAUAUUCUCUUCUCGCCGCCGCCCUAGCUAUCCCCCACGACGGAAAGAUUCUAGCAAUGGACAUAAACAGAGAAGACUACGAGUUGGGUCUUCCAGUUAUUGAGAAGGCAGGGGUGGCGCAUAAGAUUGAAUUCAAAGAGGGACCGGCUCUGCCAGUUCUUGACGAGAUGUUGAAAGAUGAAAAGAAUUAUGGAAGCUUGGAUUUCAUAUUCGUAGAUGCGGACAAGAACAAUUACAUAAAUUACCACAAGAGGUUGAUCGAUCUGGUUAAGAUCGGGGGAGUAAUCGGUUAUGACAACACCCUGUGGGGCGGCUCCGUGGCGGCGCCACCUGAUGCUCCCUUAAAGAAGUACAUAAUGGACAGUAGGGACUUCGUUCUGGAGCUCAAUAAAGCGCUAGCUGCUGAUCCAAGGAUCGAGAUCUGCAUGCUCCCCAUUGGUGAUGGUGUUACCCUGUGCCGUCGCAUCAAAUGAUUUUCGCCCUAUUUAUGGCCCAUAUCUAUUUAUCUAUCUCUUUCAUAGGUUCAUUAUAAGAGCCAAAGUACUAUAAACUAGUAUGUUCUGUUGUUGAUGGCUUGUUUAAUCAUUAGUUAUUAGAAUAAUACUAAGUUUUAUCUUAUAAUUGAACAAUAAUAUUUCUGAAUAUU